AUGGAGACGGAGAUGGAGAUGGAGAUGGAUGGAGGUGUUAUUCAGCGGCAGCAGCAACAAGCGAUUGAAGCCGAUGAUUUCCACGGGGGCAGGACCGUGCAUUCCGCUCCUAUCACUUCAGAAUAUACGGGUCACGUGGGUAUUCCUCUAGGCCAUGCUCACUCUCAUCCUGGGCCUGGCAACCAGAGCAUACCUGGCACCUGGCGUUGGCGUAGGCGCAGUUCUCAGCGCCCGGGCCCCGUUACUCAUACUGGUACUGGUACCGACCUAGUGGCCCCCGACCAUGACCCAACUGGAAGUCCAGUGAUAAUACCUUUUACGCAUGCACAAUUCGCGUCACCUCUAGCAGUUCGCGCUCACACUCACAAUCACCCUCAUCAUCACAUUCACCCUCAAUCGCAGCCAAACUCACCCUACACUCACCCUCACCCUCACGCUCUUCAUCACCAUCAGAUAUUAUUACCCUCUCAUCAAUCGCUCUCUCACUCUCACUUCUCCGACGACUCCGCCACAGUCGAUGGCCAUUUCGGCACAAUGGAGCAGAUCGAGACACAAGCAAGCGACCUUCGGUUCCUUGCUCAAGUUCCUGUAUUGAAUCCAACCUCGAGCCCGUCUCUCGGCCCCGGCUCCGGCGCCGGACGAGGCGGGACUCCAGCCCGUACCCCCGGGAGCGCCGUGGGAGCCUCUACGGGUGCUCCUAUUGCUUACGAUAAUCAUGCCAGUCCAAGUUCCGCCUCUGUCGGCGACAAUUCCGCUCACGGUGCGAGCGCGUCCAAUGCCAAUAAGAGGAAGUCGACAGACGAUGGUCAAGGCAACGGAGCAAAGCAAACAAGAAGUAAAAGAAACAGAGCUAACGUUGCAUUCUUCACAAUGACAGUACAUAUCAAUAGCUUGGUCAGUAUGCUUCUGCCAAAGAAUGGUUUCAUCUUCGCUGUGACCGCCAAUGAAUGCAAGAGACGAAAGAUAAAAUGCAAUGGCGAAACUCCCUGCCAACGAUGCGGCAACCUCAAUUUGGCCUGUCUAUAUGCCCCGAACUGCUGCUCCGGCAACUUUAAGGAAUCCGACGAGUUCAAGCAGGUCACCUCACAACUAGGCCGCCUUCAAGAAGAAGUCGGCUGGCUACACCAAACCGUCAAGGCCCUUCAAUCCGAACCUGCCCGAUAUUCCUCACUUGGUGACCGGACAAUGACCCACGGCCACGGGACGCCGGCAGUCGCCCCUUCACCUUCUCAUAGUUCUACUUCGCUUAACCGUCAGGAUAGUUCGAAAUAUGGUUCUUUCCGGGGCCCAACAAGCAUGGCCUUCAGUCUCGACGUUGCCAAUAAUACGAUCAACAACAUGGGCUACAAAGGCAUAUCAGACGAGGAAAAUCCACACCUGAACGAUGGCAUGGGCCCUACCUCGACACGGCCAAGAGAUCCCCUCCACGAAUUCGACAAGGACGAGAUGAUUCGCCUGUGUCGUCUGCAUGAGGAAGAGAUCGGUAUCAUGUACCCAGUGCUCAACAUUCAAACCGUGAUAUCCCACGCCAAAAACAUGGCCACAUUUCUUGAAACCCUACGACAACAAAGCCCCAGAGAACUUGUCAACGACGACAAGACUCUACAGCUCAAAAUCAUCAUGUGCUGUGCUCUAGUGGUAGAAGAGCAUGGGCAUAGUGAUAAAGCCAUUCGCCUGUUUGAGAGCAUGGAAACGGUGCUCAACCGGAAACUCAUGGCUGAGGCUGCGGACGUUGCAACCCUACCAAUCCUGGCUCUUGUUGCCGGGUACAGAUUUCUCUCCAACGAUGAAGUUUUGGCUUGGCGAGUCAUGGGUCACGUCGCACGAUUAUGUCUAGAGCUUGGCAUUCAUCAAAGAACAGGCCUGAUGAGGAUUCAGGAUGAAGAAGAACGCAAGAAUGCUCUCGUCAGCUUCUGGUCGGCAUAUGUGCUGGAUAGGCGAUGGGCUUUCGCAACUGGGUUACCUUUCGUCGUUCAAGAUGAAGAAAUCGAUUCAGAGCUGCCAUUUCCAGAGGAAUACCCUUAUCUUGUGGCCAUGAUCACCUAUUCUCGGAUAGGUGCAAAAGUGUGGCGACAAGUAGCUCAUUUUGGGCCGGUUCUGGCACGCGAUUUGCGCUCGGGGGAACUGGAGCAUGUCGACCAGGAGUUGUUGCAGUGGUAUGAACAGAUUCCCGAAGAGGUCAAGGUUCGUAACUGGGAUAAGGAGAAGCAUAUAACGUCGACUCCGUCCUAUAACCUGCAACGCCUACGAAUCUGGACAUAUUUACGCCUGAAUCAAAUGCGGAUCUGGCUUUACACCCCUGUUUUGCAUAGCGCUACAAGCAUCAUGGCGCAUCCUACGCAGUCAGAACGUGUAGUCGACAUCGCCAAAGACACUAUCCGAUACCUUAGCCACCUGAAUAACACGACCAACUUAUAUAGACGUGUGCAGGUGUUCUACCACCAAUUCCUCACAUCUGCGAUUGCGGUCGUCUUCCUCGCAUCCGUUCAUGCCCCGGUCCGCUUCAGCGCUUCCUGCCGUGAGGAGUUUUAUAUGGCCCUCGAGCUGGUAAAGGAUUUAUCCGCCAAGAGCUGGGCAUCCCAGCGACUUUGGCGCACAAUUCGAUCACUCAAAGACGUGGCACCGCGAUUUGGACUCAAUGCUGAGGACGACCCCCAGUCAACAGCGGCGUUGGGGAUGAUAGGGCUUGCUCGAGGCCAUAUGGAACACCAGCCAUUCCGCAAGCCCUCUAUCCCUGGUCAGCAAUCACAAGCUGCAACCCCAGACUCGAUGGCCCAGAACGGAUCACGAAUUCAAGCCGAGAUGUCACGUAUGUUUGAGGGCUAUGUAGGGUUGAAUGGAUUCCAAUACAACGAUAACGAGGGACAACAAGGGCCGAAUGCUGAGGUUUCUGAAGCGUCCAAUGGCGGCAUUUUUGGAGUUGAUGGUACUGUCUUUCCUCAGUUCAAGGAGAUGUACUAA